AUGGAGGUGGCGGAUGUGGUGCGGAGGUGCCUGGCUUUGUUCAACGGCAUUUCUGAGGGUGAGAUGGUGCUGGACAGAGGGCGGGUCGAGGUGGCAUACCAAUCAAUGCGUGUGCUGCACUACUUGGCGCAGCAGGACAAUGAGAGCCAGGCCGUCCGUUCUAUGAUGGGCCAGGCCGGCGCCUUCACCACCCUGGCCCGCCUCCUAGCAGCCGUCGCUGCGGCCAAAGCUGCCAAGGCUGCAGCUCGGCCCAUCGAAGAAGAUGAGGCCCGAAUCGCGAGCGAUCUUGAAAUCGUGAGCGAUGCUGUGGAGGCACUUGAUGAAGAGGAAGCGGCAGUACCGAACGAGCGAAGGGCCGAACCAGAGAUGGUGCGCUACCCCGCGCCAGACAGAAACGAGGCCGAGGAUGAAGAAGACGAAGAAGAGAGCAUGGAUGAAGGCGAAGCAGAAACGGAAGAAGAAGGAGGCGGGCUGCGGCUGGCGUUGAGCAAGCUGCAGGCCGAGGCAGCCGGCACACUGUGGAGUGUGUGCAUUGCACAUCCCACCAACAAGCAGAAGGCGGCUGACGUCGUCCCCGCUUUGGUGGGACUCAUCAAGCACGAGACCUACGAACCCACGCUUCGCUACGCUGCGUCAGCGCUGUGGAGCGUGUGCUACGGUGUGGAGAGCAACCAGCGCCAAGUGUUGGCCCAGGGAGCGGCUCCGCAUCUCGUGGCCCUUCUCCACGCCGAAUCCGCCGCGGUCAGACGAUCAGCGACCGGCGCGCUGUGGCAUCUCUCGAGCCUGCCCGAAGCCCGCAAGCCCAUCAUCGAGGCCGGUGGCCUGGAGCCACUGGUCGCCAUCCUGGCGGGGACAGGCAUCUCGGGGAUGGGGAUGGGGAUGGGGUUGGAUUCGGAGAGUUGCCAGGAGCAGAAACUCAACGCGUGCUUGGCCCUCGGCAACCUCUCCAUGGCGUCAACGGUGACCAUCGACGACGACAUCUACAAGUUCACGAUGCACAAUCUGGUGUGGACCACGCUCAAGCCGCUGGUCGAUCUGCUCGAGGCCGAGCACGAGGCGGUCAACGAGCUCGGUUGCUUCCUAAUCGCCUGCCUCUCCCGGACCAACCAGCAGACCUCCAAACUCUUCCACGAAGGCGCGGUGUCGACAUUGGAGCGGCUGGCGCAGCGCCGCGACCAGCCCACCGUGCGGCAGCUUGCACGCAUCGCCCUCACCAACCUCGGCGUUAACGUUCUCGAGCCCCUCUCCUCGCCUUCCCCUUCUCCAGGUCUUGAUGUGUGCGGUGAUUCAACCAACGGCGUCGUGGGUGAGGCAGCCGGCCUCGACCGUCUUCUGGUGGCGCUCAAGCUGGAGCGGUUCCGGGACGUGUUCGCGAAACACGAGAUAACGCGCGACAACAUCGAGUUCGUGGAGGAGGGCGACCUCGCCGAGGUGCUGCCCCUCGGGCCGCGGCGACAGCUGUGGGCCUACAUCACGGCCCUGCGGCGAGCCAAGGACGCAUCUCGCCCGCCACCGCCGUCGUGCCUGUCUCAGUCCUUCCGCACCACCAUCACGAACGCGUCAUCUUCUCCGGAGGAAAACAACCCGUACGCGUGCCUGAUCUGCUGCGACGCCGAGCGCAGCGUGUGCUUCGUGCCGUGCGGCCACGUCGUCUCGUGUAAAGUGUGCGCUCGCAUUCUGGUGGCGCGAGGUGACGUGUGCAUCAUCUGUCGGGCACCCAUCGCACAGACCGUCGUGCCCUUUUAUGUAUAG